CUGCGUUUGUGAAGGCGUUUCAAUCCCAUAGGAGAACGCUUUGUUAGCCCUUUAACGUUAGCUUGCUACCGGUUAGUUUGCCAUCUGAUACAGCUAACUGGGUAGUUAGCCGGUGUGAGGGCAUCCUCUUAAAUGAGGUAUGAACUGUGGUCCUCUUGCCCUUUCAGUUUAGGAACUAGCUAGCUUAGUUUAGCAAGGGAAUAAACAUUAACGCUAACAUGAAUCCAGCUAGUUGCCAACUGCUUUUCCGGUAUUUCCUCUUACCGGUUUCCAUGGGAACGUAAUUAAAGCGUUGUAAAUGUACACCUAUCGUUUUGUGCAUCUUAAAAACCUAAAAACUACUUCCACUUUUCUCAUUCAAAAAGCAUUAAACAGUCUUGUAUCUCAGUUGUGUAUAUAUACCUUUAUUAACCAGGAUCGCAGCACCACAAAGAACACAGAGGUUACAAAACAGAUUUACAGAUUUGUAAUGAAUGACAUAAAAUCUACAAUAUAUCUCUUGUAUCUAUUUUGCAUGCUGCUACAUAAAGAAAACAAUAUUGGAAAUGUACCCAAACUGAGUUGUCCAGUUACCUAGGGUUCGCUUCAAUGUUAUGCACACCUUGUUUGUGUUAUAUGCUAUUUAUAGUUUGCAUAGUUUGUUUUAUUUCAUUUUAUAUGUUUUGUCUUUGCAGUACAAAUCCCAUGUUGGAUUGGAGCUGUGUCUUUCUUUUUUUUGGUUUUCUUCUUUUUUUUUGUGAGUGUUUGGACAAGUGUGCUACGUGUAGGUUGUUCAUGACAGAAUAAAACACCAAACGUCUCUCAUUUAAAACAGUACUAGUAUCUCACCCAUCCAUUGUAGCUGUUUUACAUCACAGGUGAAACAAUAAAUCGAUCAAUAGAUCAACAGGUCAUUUUCAAGCAAAAAAUUCUAAACAUUUACAUUACAUUACAUUUUUUUCUUCCAUUUUUAAUGCUUAGGCCUAAUUGAGAAAAUUAUUUGUAGCUGCCACCCUAUUUUGCAUACUGCUAUGUAAAGAAAACAGUUUUGGAAAGUUACCCAAGUUGUGUUGUCCCACUACAUAUAAAUGCACAGCUUCACCUCCCGAUGCCAUCCUGACAUCGAUGUAUCCAUACAACUGUUGAUUUUGCUGCACAUCUCACCCAAGACAACAACAAUACAUUUUGGAUUGAUUUAUAGUGUUUUCAAAGAUCACAUGUCAUUUAAUAACCGCUGAAAGAACCUUUCUCUCUCAUGAGCGCUGUCUAAGGCCCAGCACCCAGUAACCUUUCAUCUAGUUUUGAAACUUGCUUAAAGUCUUUGAGACUCAAGUAUACAUCUUGUUCCAGUCCAGUGAGUGUGGGCCUGUCCAUCUGUAUGGUCUCACCUCCAAGUACAAACGUCACAGCAGAAGAGACGUCCCCCUCACCCCACCAGACCCUCGGCCGGCCAACUAUAGUGCUAUUAUAGUUCAAGCAAAGGCUAAUUGUUAGUCACUUACAAAGGAUUGCACAGUCCAAGUCUUUGGACGGUAAUGCUGUCUCUUUCUACUAAGAGAAGAUGGCACUGCUUGUGGUUUGUGCGUUCCUGUGCCUGUCCUGUUGGGUCUCUCUCUACUUUAUCUUGUGUACUCUUAACGGGUCCAGGAGCUACGAGUGGAACUGUCGCCUUGUCACCCUGGUACACGGCAUCCUGGCAGUCUGCAUCACAGCAUACAUAGGCUAUGUGGAUGGACCCUGGCCUUUCACUCAUCCAGGUACUAAGAACACUCCUCUGCAGAUAAGUGCCAUGGUGCUGAGCCUGGGCUACUUUAUUUUUGAUAUGGCCUGGUGUAUGUACUUCCGCACAGAGGGACCCGUUAUGCUGGCCCACCACACCAUGAGCAUCCUGGGAAUCCUGUUGACCCUGUGGUUGGGGGAGUCUGGCAUCGAGGGCUGCGCGGUACUUUUUGGCAGUGAAAUCACCAACCCCCUCCUGCAGGCACGCUGGUUCCUCAAACAGACGGGACAUUACGGGACGCUGCUGGGGAACGUUGUGGACGUCCUGUUUGUGCUGCUGUUUGUGGUGAUGCGAAUCUUUGUGGGAGGCACAAUGCUGUACUGUGAGCUGAUCUCCCCAAGACCCAGAUUCUUUAUCAAGUGUGGGGGAGUGGCUAUGUACGCUCUGUCCUGGGUGUUUAUGGUGGACAUUGUUCGAUUUGCCAUUCGGAAGAGCAAGAGCUGGCACAAACAGCAGAGAGAUCAACAAGAGACAGUGGCAGCUAAUGGCCAUGAAGGGAAGACGGACUGAUCUUGUGCUUCUCUAAAGGAAAAUUAUUUACAUUGUCUGUUUUUCACUUUGGGAAAGUACAAAGAAAAUCCACUUUUUUUAUGUUAAACCGCGAUUAAUAAAGAGAUAGUCAUAGUUUUCUAUGUUGAGAAAUAUCCUGUGACAUCUCUGUGUGAGGUCCAACACCUGUGCAUUUUGAAAAAACUUUUUUUUGCAGUUAUUGCAGAUGAACACAUGUCAGAUUAUUGUGUAAAAUGUGCAGUUAACAAACAACACAGAUGUAAUUUAUGUCACUGAAAACCAAAGCACUUUCUAUAAACACAUGAACAGAUGUUGCUUUCAGUUGCAGUGACCUGUGGCCUAGUCAUAUUUGGUGGUGUUGCUCCGAAGGAAAGCUCAAUGUUAGGAAAGAAACCGUUUACAUGGAAUGCCUGUGGUCCUUGUGAAACAUUUUUAGGUAGAAAGUUAGGGUUGGUUUCCUUGUAAUCCUGGGUUUUCUUGGCAUAUGGGAAACUUUGAGCAGAUGUGAAAGGUAUACUCAGGGAGAUGAAGUCAUAGCAGAAAGUUGGGGUGAAUUCCAGAGAAAUGUGUGUGAUUACUUUGUUUAAUUUUGAAGAUUUUGCCUGCUGUGGACAAAACAAGACAUUUUAUGUCAUCUUGGGCUUUGGGAAACACUGAUCGACAUUUUUUAACAUUUUAUGACAUUUUAUAGAUCAAAUAACUAACAAAAUCGAGGAAAAAAAAUCGACAGAUUAAUGAAAAAAUAGUUAGUUGCAGCCCUAAUUUUACUUCACUCGUGUAAAGGGAUACAUGGAUAGGAACCUCUCAAUCACGUGGUUUUACACAGGUGAUGAUAUUUGGAUAUUUAUGUAAACUAUAAAUAUGGUGUCAGAAGUUGUACUUUAUAUAGCAUUUUAAGUUGUGUCUUUGUCUUGUGUCUGAUUUCACUGUACCAACUGUGUGAACAUAGACCUGCAUGACUUUAAUCUUGUAGACAAAAGAUCCAUCCUCUGUACUCAUAGCUCCCAAUUAAUUUAAUAGAGUAAUGUUUCAAUCUCAGAGAGAUCUUGUCGAUUAAAUUAUAUGUAUUGUGAGCUAUCUGUACAGUGUGCUGAUCUUUUGUCUGACUUCUCCUUCAGUUAAAUGUUUUGAUCCAGCACCUGUAAAUGUUUUUAAGCUGUACACGCUCUACACUCUGUUUUUCUUAAUCUUUGAGACAACCACAUGCUACUGUCAGGACCAAGCAGGUAGCCUCUGACUUGGGACAGGAUGAAAACCUGUGCAGGAACAUCUUUUGUUUCUAGCCCCUAAAAUGUUAGAUCUCUACAUGUAGUCUUUACGCAAGUCAGUGACACACACACACACAAGUAGGGCUGGGCAAUAGUUAUCAUUUAUCAACUUUCAGCAAAAUCAUAUCGAGAUGAUAUAAUCAAAUCGUUUUACAGAGUUCUGUUGUCCAAUUUAAUAAUUCAAAACAUACUAACAUACAAAAAUAGUUAUUUCAUUGUUUUAUUUUCAUGUGUAUUUAUUGUGGGAUUAUGCCUACAUUUGCCAUAAUGUGAUAUUAAUUGUCAGAAAAAUAUUAAUCUUUAUAUUGUGAUAUUGAUUUCAACCAUAUUGUCCAGACAGAACACACGAGUGCAUCAUGGGAUGAAGGCAGGUGACUUGCUAUGUGUAGAAAAUAUUGUGAUUUAGCCCACUCCAUGACUGGAUUUGUUCCAUGCCAAGAAAGUUAGCAAACUACCAGCUUUCAUCUUUGGUUUUUGCUAUUUUAAAUUGUAUAGCACUUUGGUCAACUGUUGUUGUUUUUAAAUUUGGAUUGGAUUGGAUUUGUGCUCAAACUACAUAUCGGUGUUCUUAUAAUUAUGACGAUAUCUUGUUUGUUAUUUUAGUGCAAAUGUAUUUCUGCAGUAAUGUGCUAAAACACCUUUCAUCUCUUUGUUUUCCCAUUUACUGUAUAUUUGAUUGAACUAUGAUGUGCUGCUCUCAUACAAGGUCUGUUUACCUGGCUGCCACUGUUCAGAAUCAUGUGAGCAUCACCAUUAUAUCCAAGAAAGUAAAAAUCUAACAGGUGUGUGCCUUAGUUAUUUGAAUGUACUUUCCUAAUUUUUUGUUUGGUUUUUGUCUUGUGCUGUACUGUAAACCCUCCAACAUACUGUAAGUGUAGAAGCAAUGAAGAACUAUUUUCAGUUUGGGGUUUCAUGAUUUGCCUUUGUAAUCCCUUUGUGAAGUGAAAUAAAGAUAUGAUAGAUUGUU